CAAACCAUCUUAUAGACCUGCUCAAAUUAAGAGUAAAUUCACUAAAUUUAAGACAUUUUCACUUAUUUCUAGAUCUUUUUUUCCGUGCAAAUCACACAGAUGAAAACAUCGGUUAAGAAUAUAUUAUUAUAUUUAUUACUUUUUACACACGCAGCUGUUUCUUGACCUCUUGGAGGAAAAUAUGUUUAAAGUUUUAUAUUUCGUUAAGGUGAUCUGUUUCUAGUAAAGUCUUGGGUUUUUUUAAAUUACAUGUUUGUUUUUUUUAAGAGGGAAAUUAAUCAAAUUUUAAGAUUGUUUUUUCCACGGCUAUUUUUAAGGAAUUUUUUUUCUUUACAUGCAAAUGUGAAUCAAAACGAAAAGCAGUUAAAAGAUUUGCAAUGUAGUAUUUAUUUGGUGGCGUGCCUAAGCUGAUGCUGAGUCUGCACUAAUACAAAUUAUCCUUAUAUCACUGACACUUAAACUAAUUUUUAAUUUCCAGAUUCUCUCUGGAGGACAUUCUCUUUGUUUUAGACAUGUUGCUCUAUCUGCUGCCUUGGGGUUUCAUUUUUUUUUUUAAACAUUGCAUUAGUUUCUUGUAUGGGACACAUUAGCGUUAAAACUGAUUAGAUUUAAAACCAUAACAUGAAAAUGCAUAAUAUGUGGGAUUUGCACCUUGGACAGAAUGGAUGUGCAGGUAAUCAGGAGUUAACCCUGGCCGGAAACAUAGAGAAUAGUUUUGUGCAAUUUGAUUGGUUGGGGAGCAGCAUGUGGAAGGCCCCCAUCAGGAUGCCAUUGAUGGAAGAACAGCUGCUGCUAUGCAGAAAACAGAUUUCUCUUUCACUGAGAGGAAGCCAAGACUCCUCGUAAAAGUGUUCAAAAAGCCUUACAUUGCACUGAGGAUAAACCCACCAUCCAAAGCAAAUUUAGAGCAGCAUUAUUUAAAGGUCUAAUAAAUAUCCACAUUAAUUUCCUGCUGUAGUUGCCUCCACUGAAUGUUUCUAGGGAGGUGAGCUGGAUAUUUGAGGAGCAUGGCUCCUCCCACUCAGUCUGCAUGAUUUUAACUGGAGCUCUUUUCCAGUUUUUUUUUAGUAAUGGCUGCCCGGCUGUCGCAGAGAUUACAGUCUGGGAGCUGUGGCAGAUGGCUGCAGCUAUGCCGCAUUUUUAAAGGCAAUGUCUGCUUCAGAGGACUGGGAAGGGCCUCCUCUCUCCAGCAGGACAAGCUGCGGACGGUGGAGGACCUCCCUCGUGUCAGCCCCUUGGAAAUGCUUUUCAAGAUCUUAUUCCAGGGUUAUUUCCACCGUAUGCAGGAGUUACAGAUCUAUGAGAGGAAGCUGUAUGGACCCAUUUACAAAAAUGGACGUAAUGCUGUUUCUGUGACCACUGCUCAGCUGCUGGAGGAACUGGUGAGGAUGGAUGACAAGUUUCCCUCCAGAGCAGACCUGUCUCUGUGGACAGAGUACCGCGAUAUGAGAGGACACGGCUAUGGGCCGCUUACAGAAACAGGGGAGCGCUGGUACAACCUGAGGGCGGUUCUUAACAAGCGCAUGCUCCAUCCGAGGGAUUCUGCUCAGUACGCUGGGGUCAUCAAUGAGGUGGUUACAGACUUCAUUAAAAGGAUCAAACAUCUGCGUGAAGCCAGCUCAACAGGGGAUUUUGUUUCUGACGUUUCCAAUAAGUUUUACCUAUUUUCAUUGGAAGGUAUUGCAUCUAUAUUGUUUGACACAAGACUUGGCUGUCUGAGAACGGAGAUUCCUGCUGGUACUCAAGAAUAUAUCGCGUCCAUCUCGCAGAUGUUUUCCAAUAACUUGCCUGUUGCAAUAUUUCCAAAGUGGAGCCGCAAACUGCUUCCUUAUUGGGGGCGCUACAUCACCAGCUGGGACAACAUCUUCGCUUUUGCGAAAACUUUGAUCGACAAGAAGAUAGAGGACAUCCAGCGGCGAGUGGACAACAACCAGAAUGUGGAGAGUGAAUAUCUAACGUACCUCCUCUCAAACAAGAAUAUAAGUACUAAGGACGUCUACGCCAGCAUCACUGAGCUUCUUUUGGCUGGAGUGGACACGACCUCCAACACCCUUACAUGGGCUUUGUACCAGCUGUCCAGGAACCCAGAAAUCCAGCACAGACUCCAUGAGGAAGUGUCCACGCUGGUACCUGCAGACCAAAUCCCCACGGCUGCAGAGGUCACUCGGAUGCCAUUUUUACGAGCUGUGAUCAAGGAAACUCUCAGGAUGUACCCCGUGGUUCCUAUAAAUUCAAGAAUCAUAACUGAAAAAACAGUUUCUGUUGGUGGAUAUCAGUUUCCAAAGAAUACUUGUUUCACUCUCUGUCACUAUGCCAUCAGUCAUGAUGAAAGCAUUUUCCCAGAGCCGUUCAGAUUCCAGCCGGAGAGAUGGCUCCGUGACGGCCGCCAGAGGCCACAUCCAUUCAGCUCCAUCCCGUUUGGCUACGGAGUUCGAGGCUGUGUUGGUCGCAGGAUUGCAGAACUAGAGAUGUAUUUGGUUCUGUUUCGGCUUAUUAGGGACUUUAAAAUCAAACCCGGACCCAUGAUGGACGAGCUGAAGAUCCUCAGUCGGGCUGUUCUGGUUCCAAACAAGCAACUGGACCUGCACUUUGUGGACCGAUGAUGAAGAAACACUGAUUUUCUCAACAGUUUGGUUUAACAGUCACAUAAAAAGCUGGUAAGCCAAUGAAAAACUCUAAAACUAUUAAGCAACAACUCUUCUUGCAGUCACAAAAAACACCUAAUUAUAUCUGAAUACACUCAGAUGAUCCAGUUAAAAUAUAAUGCAUUUCCAUCAUUACAUCAUCAGGGGGUAUUUCUACUUGUUUGUUUCUGAAAAUACAAUCACAUGUUUGUAUAUUUGUAUACCUUGGUCAUCCCUGCAUUGUAUUCUAUUCUAUUCUGUAAUAAUGUAGUGAUGAAAACUUUUAUAUUUGUUGGUUCUAUAUUAAAGGAUGUUUUAUUUUUCGUAAAGUUCAACAUUCUUAUCUGAAGUUGCACAGAUUUCUUUAAUCUCUAAAUGAAUCAAACAAACU